GGAAAGAGAGCAGGAUAUGAAAAGGGGGAUCGUGCCGAGAGACCGCGAGGUGCAAGGUCGAAUAUGAGAGAUUGGCUGAACGGGGCACUUUGCGUGGUAAUAGCUGGUCGGCAAUAGUACUAUGAUUUGGUAUGUGGCCACUCUGAUAGCAAGUGUAUUCAGCACCAGAGGAACGGCCGCUCAAGGUGCCCACGCAGUGAGAGAGGAGCCCCGGUUCGUGACGGCUCGCGCUGGAGAGAGCGUGAUCCUGGGGUGUGACGUGUCCCCUCCCCUGGACGGCCAGCAACCCCCCUAUGUGGUGGAGUGGUUCAAGUUCGGAGUGCCUAUUCCCUUCUUCAUCAACUUCCGCUUCUACCCUCCUCAUGUGGAUCCAGAGUAUACUGGUAGAGCCUCUCUGCAUGGGAAGGCCUCCCUGCAGAUCGACCCAGUGCGCUCCGAGGACCAGGGCUGGUACGAGUGCAGGGUCCUGAUGCUGGAGCAACAGUACGACACCUUCCACAACGGCAGCUGGGUGCACCUCACAGUCAAUGCCCCGCCUUCAUUCACAGCGACGCCGCCCCAGUAUGUGGAGGCGAAGGAAGGGGGAAGCACUCUGCUCAGCUGCUCGGCCCAGGGAAACCCAAAACCAAUAAUCAGCUGGCUUAGGGAGGGGGAGGAGCUAGCAACCGACGCAAAAUAUUCAGUGCACGAUGGCAGUCUGAACAUCCUCGGCAUCACCAGAGAUGACAGAGGGGCGUACACGUGCCGGGCCUACAGUGACCAGGGAGAAGUGCUCCACACCACCCGUCUGCUGGUUCAAGGGCCUCCAUACAUCGUGUCCCCACCAGAGAACGUCACUGUCAACAUAUCCCAGAAUGCACUCUUCACCUGCCAGGCAGAGGCGUAUCCAGGCAACCUGACCUACACCUGGUUUUGGGAGGAGGAUAACGUCUACUUCAAGAACGACCUGAAGCUCCGUGUGCGCAUUCUCAUCGACGGCACCCUGAUCAUCUUCCGGGUCAAGCCGGAGGAUGCUGGGAAAUACACCUGCAGCCCGAGCAACAGCCUCGGCAUCUCGCCCUCGGCAUCGGCCUACCUGACUGUUCAGUACCCUGCCCGAGUGAUCAACAUGCCCCCGGUCAUCUACGUCCCACGGAAACUGCCAGGCAUCAUCCGCUGCCCGGUGGACGCCAACCCACCUGUGACAUCAGUGAAGUGGGAGAAAGACGGCUAUCCUCUCCGAGUGGAGAAGUACCCCGGCUGGAGCCUGCUGCCUGAUGGAAGCAUCCGGGUGGCGGAGGCGACAGAAGACUCCCUGGGCACCUACACCUGUGUGCCUUACAACGCCCUGGGUACCAUGGGCAUGUCCCCCCCUGCCACUUUGGUGCUAAAGGAUCCCCCUUACUUUAACGUGAGGCCUGGGGGGGAGUACCGUCAAGAGGCUGGGAGAGAGCUAGUUAUCCCCUGUGCUGCUUCUGGAGACCCUGACAUACCAUCCAUCACCUGGAGAAAGGUGGGGAAGCCAAGCAGGAGUAAGCACAACAUCCUGCCCAGUGGCAGCUUACAGUUUCUGUCCCUCAGCAAGGAAGACCAUGGAGAAUGGGAGUGUGUCGCCACCAACGUGGUCACAAGCAUCACUGCCAGCACGCGGAUCCUUGUCAUCGGCACCAGCCCACAUGCUCCAGGAAACAUCCACGUGCUGCCCUCUACCACCACCGCUAACGUGUCCUGGGAACCGGGCUACGACGGCGGCUACGAACAGACGUUCUCCGUGUGGUACGGUCCAGUGUCAAAGCGAGUGGACUUUGGUCCUCACGACUGGCAUUCGAUGCCAGUUUCUGGUGCUCAGAUCUGGUUGGUGGUGCCAGCACUGGAGCCUGGGACGGAGUACCAGUUCAGUGUGUUGGCACAAAACAAACUGGGCACAGGCCCAUUCAGCGAAGUUGUGACAGUCAACACCGCAGGCUCCCCUCUGGGUACCCCAGAACCACUGGUGCUUCUUACUCCACCACGGUGCCUCACAGCCAACCGCACGCAGCACGGUGUCCUCCUCACGUGGCUCCCCCCAGGCAACCACUCCUCACCCAUCGACCGAUACAUCAUGGAGUUCCGCCUCGGGGAGAGGUGGGAGGUUCUAGACGACCUGAUCUCUUCCACGGAGACUGAGCUCAUAGCCAGGGACCUCGUCCAGGAGUCCUGGUAUGAGUUUCGAGUGAUGGCUGUCAUGGACGACCUGAUAAGUGAGAGCAGUAAUGUCGUAGGCGUAUCAAGCACGGAUCCCUUCCCUCCUGCGGAGCUGCCUGACGAGGGGCUGGCGCGCCCUGUGGUGGCGGGUGUCGUGGCAACUAUCUGUUUUCUGGCAGCGGCAGUACUGUUCAGUACUCUAGCAGCUUGCUUUGUCAAUAAGCAACACCGGCGCAAACUCAAACGCAAACCAGAUCCUCCCUUGUCGGUGACACACUUCAGGAAAAGCAUUGAGUCACCGUUAUCAUCGGGGAAGAUAAGUCCAGAGAGCUCCCCUCCUUCUCGGCCACGCUCUCUUUCUUCUGAAGGCUCCCACGGUCCAGGCCUGUACGUCAGGAGGCUGCCCAGCCCUCAGAGAGACAAAGACAAAGAGCUCUCCUUCUACAAGAAAACCAAGCGUGCCAUAGCCAGCAAGAAAUACAGUGUGUCCAAGUAUGAAUCAGAGGUCACCACGCCUAUUGAGCUGAUAAGCCGUGGCCCCGAUGGCCGCUUCAUCAUGGACAUCAGCCCACCGCCGCGCCGCAUCCAGGGCUUCCCCUUUGCAGAGGAGUCUGACAUGUACCCCGAGUUCCGGCAGUCUGACGAGGAGAAUGAUUUUGACCCCGGGCCUAUGCCGCCCAUCAUGCCCACGCUGCGGCCCCAGCUCUCACCAACGUCCUCCAGCCUGGAGUCAACGCAACCCCCCAACUACAGCCCCCGCCUGCACAGGGCCAUGGAAGGUAUGAGCUUUGCAGAGGGCAGUGCACUUCACGCCUCAGGGCAGGCCCCUACCUCCCGCUACAGGGGCUUUCCCCAGGGCCCAUUCUAUGGGUAUAUGGGCAGCCGCGGUGAAUCAGGGAUUCCACCACCAUUCUACAUGCCUGACAUCAGCCCGCGUAGCUCUGCUCUGUCCUCCCCCCCAGGCACUGGAGACGGGCCCUUUGGUUACCCCUCCAUCCCCGAGGAGAGUGGAGAGAUGGAGCACCAUCAGUACACUGCCUCUGGCCAUUCUCUGUCUCACACACACAGCCCUCCUUCUCGCUCGCCUGAUAGCUGGCAUCCUCAUGAGCUACCCUUCCUUGGUCUAGAGGGUCCACGGUUCAUAUACCCACCUCAUCAUCCCUUACAUCACCCCCAGGACCUCCCUGACCCACCCCCAUACCCUCCUCACCCUCACCCCUCCAGUCGCCUGCACCUCUCAUCGCUACAGGAUCCAAUGAGUCCUGGACUCCUGCAGCUGGAGGUUCCUGUGGCUCUCCAAGGCAGAGACAGGUCCAUGGGGCCUCCGGUUAGGCGUUUAGCUAUGCAACAGGCCCAAAGUCUCGGCCAGCUCAGACACACGGCCCACGGUGUGGGUGUACCAGUGUUGCCUUACCCUGACCCGCUAGCCCGUGCAGGGAGCCCAAGCACAGCCCCCAGUAGUAGUCCUCAGUCCUGGCUCAGCCCGAGGGCGGGGCGCCGGGCAGAUCCCAGCCUACCCCCACUAGUACUCCAGCCCUCUCGCCUCUCUCCCCUCUCCCAAAGCCCCCUUAGCACCCAGCCAGGUUCUCCAGAUAUUCUAGUACGGCCCCCUCCACGCCCCAGCAUCCUCCGCACCUCUCGGUCUCUGGAGAUGCCGGAGAUCACCCUGCAGCCCUCGGCCACUGUCAGUUUCUCCCGGAGGUCCUCCCUGUCCACCUCUCCCACUCAGAGCCAGGGCACCACACAUCCCAGCCCAAGUUACCACGCCCACAUGUCGUAUGCCUCCACUGCAGCCAGUUACCCCUCCCAGUCCCCCUCUCCUCCACCGGAGGGCAGGGAUGUUUUCGGGCAGAGGCCGUCCCAGAGAAGGAGAGAGGAGGAGAUGCUGCCCUCAGAGCCCUCCCAGCUCCAGAUAUCAGCCUCAGGGGAACCUCUAGGUGCGUCUAGUGAUCCUGCCGGGUCUGAGAGCUUACCAGCACUGCUACACCACUGCAUUACUAAAGCCAAGGGAGUGGCUGCCAACAACAAUAACAACGCAGCCCCCGCACGGAGAACAGGUGUGUCUCCCUCUCAGACCCAGCAGCAAUCUCAGACCCCCCCAGACGGAGAGGGCCUCCACCUCCACAGAACGAGGAAAAGGCCAAACAAGAAGAACCCCUAUCUCUAUUUGACCUCCUUCCUGCACAACAGGAAGUCUGCGGAGGACCAGACCGGCAUUCUGGCCAGUGCAGACUCUGAGGGCCCAAAUUAUGGGACUCUACGCUGACACGUGUGCCCGCUAAGCCAUUGGACUCGACUAAACCGCCUCCUCCACCGCAUACACACACACCAACCUCAACCCUCCCUGCUCCACCCCGCGGCCUCUGCAUCAAGCCAACCCAUUUCUUGUAAUCUCUCAAAGUUCAUUUUUGUGUGGGGAGCGGGAAACAUUAAGCUGAAUGCUCCAGGGUUGGAAAAUCGUGUUAGAGGACAAGAACAAUGGCUUUUCUGAGUUGUCGCCACGACUUGUGUGUUGAGGAAUCUCACUUGAAAACGCUCUGAAAAUAUAUAAUGUAUAUAAAAUAGUAAAACAAGGGAUUUUAGCUUCCUCCUACAGUAAUAACGAUGUGUUGGUUGAGUAUGUGACAACACGUUCAAGAUUUUCCACUCACUGGUCAUCGAGGGGUCCACGUCUUUAGGUUUUUCAGUCGAACUGAACUGUCAAGCCUGGUGCAUCUUCGGACAGGGACAUGAGUCUACCUUUCCUACAAUACAAAUAGUGUCAGUAUUUAAACACAGGGUUCUUACCACAAAAUAUACCUCAGAGUAAACGCAGAAUUGCUGUAAUUCUUGUGGUAUACUGUACGUACUUGACCUUUUUACAUAUGAAACGUAUGGACAAAAAGGUUUAUAUCACACACCAUUGCUCAUUCGAAUGGAUAAUAAGGCCUAACUUGAUCUAAUUUGGAAGCUUUUUUUAGUAGCCGGCAUAUUGUGUUUGCUUUGAUUUACGAUCCAGUGCCAACCAUUAGGGAACGGUGUCUUAAUUUGCUCGAUGGGCUCAGUGUGUCGCGUCACGACAGCACGGCACUGGGACGAAGAUCGCAGCCUUCCUGGGAGCUCUGGAAAAAAUAAUUUGGGACUUACACGCUCAACACAGGCUGGACUCGUAGGAUUGGAAGAACAGGGUGAUGAAUUGCGAAGUGUUCUGUCGUAUGUAUUCCAUGGUUCAUCAUUGGUGAAAUGUGGCACGUCUCACUGUGCCUUUUUUUGGUUGCCUUUUUUUUCUCUCAUUCUUUUUCGAACAUUAACUGCCUCUUCCUUCGCCUUGUCAUGUUUGUCUCUUCCGGUGGAGGGAGUAGGGAGUAAGAGACUGCAAUGUUAAGUGUGUUUUUACUUUCUUUGCCAAGGACACAUGAGAGGAAAUGCUAACUGGAUGCAUAACUCUCUUUCUCUUUUACAUUUAUAUCUUAUACUGGGUACCUGAUUUAACUGUAUGCAUCAUAAAUACUAGGGCAGAACAGAAUACCCUUAAAAAUAAAAAAAUAAAAAACACACAAAAACAUAAAUGAAUGAAUAAACAUAACUUCAGUGGUAAAAGUUUUCAUGAGGAAUGAACGAACCAGAGGAUGUUAGUGUUUACCUGCGGCUGUUGAGAGGAGAAUGUGAUUGCUUCAUAAAGCCGUUAACAAGCGAUGGGGAACAUCCAAACAACGGCCACCCUGACUGUUUAUCUUUAACAAGGGUAUAUUACGUGCUAGCUACUGCUCUGUAUGUUUAAGUUUUUUCGACACUAACCGAUAAUGAAUGUAUGUUUUGCUGUACAGGAAAUGAAUGUACAUUGAAUGACCCAUUGCGUGAGAUGACCAGUUGGCACACCAAGCCCAAAUUGUUUUACUUCUCUGUGUUGUGCAAUAACAACCGGUUGAACCCCCCCCCACAAACACAGGUUUUCUCAACCAAAACGGCUGUUUUACUAUUUUCGCUAAAAGCUCGUUCAAUCACUCAAAGACAUAUCAGAUAGAAUUUUCCACCUGCUACCAACCAAUCAAAGGAUCUCUGACAAAUGUCCACACAAAUGAAUCAACUCAAUGUCUGCUAACUGAAAAAACCUGAGUGAGAAAGUGAUAAUUGCCUGAGAGUGAGCGUCAAAGAGCAUAUUCUACUUUAACAAAUUGGUUCCGUGUAAGAUAGGAGGAGAAAAAAAAGAAUCUAUAUUUGUUAUGUACUGCACAUGGUGUGUAUUGUAUUUGUAAAGAUAAAUCCGACCAUGUUUUACAGGAAGACGUUCCUUUACGAGAGCGUGUGAAAAAGACGGGAAGGAUUCCCGAGGGGAAAAGAAAAUUAUAUAUAAAAGUAUUUGCUUACAGUACGGCUUUAAGUGGGUAAUAAUGUUUUAAAAACAUUUUAAGGUGCCUCAUUUGUCAUACUUUAGCAGAUAUUGUUUUAUCUGAGAAGAGAAGAAACCUUAAUGUUAGUACCGUACGAUGUAUUAUUGCCAUAGCCCGCUGGCUGCACAAGUUCAGUAGUAUUUUCUCUGAUGUAUAGUACGUGAAUGCCCACCGGGAAAAGCUUUAGAAGCAGAAGUGUGUCGCCCUCUAUAAUAUUCCUGGAACAAAGUAAUGCUGUAUUUUGCCCGUCCAUGAGCACACCAGAUCUCGUCGCCUUCAGGCGUCCAAAGCAAAUAAACUGAAGGAAACUUUUUUCUAAGAGUCACAGACAUGCUAUAGUCACGUACGAACACCAUGCUGUGGAGGAAGUUGUGUUUACAUUCUGUUUGAUAAAGACAAAGUGUGUGUUAGGGCGUAGUUGCUUCAAACAUUACGAAUCGGUGCUAUGUUAAACUCUGUGGUGCUGUAGAGUAGAGGCCUGAACAUUUGUUUUUUCUUUUCUCGUUUUUCGGUUUCCACAAGCAACACUCUUGUCUCUCGGCCCUGUGUGUGAGUGUGUGCAUAUGUGCGUGUGUGUGUGAGCAGCUGAACUCGCUCCGGUAGAUACUCUAGGUCCUAAUCAUAACAGUAUCAUGGUGUGAUGACAGUGAUAGACAAUAAUGGAAAAUAGUAGUAUAACCUCAAAUAGUAGAGACGUUCAAAAAUGAACUCAAGGUGACCUGUUUUCUAUCGUGUGUUUGACAUGUCUGUCUGUGCUUCCAAGGUUCCCUCUCUGAAGUAUAUUUGUGAUGAUAUUCAGAUUAUUAACCCAGCCUAAAAGGAGCAGCAUAACCUGAUUUAGAUUUAGUGCACACCAAGCGAGAGGGAAUCCGGGCGCAUUGAAUCUUUUUUCUACACACACACACACUUCCUGUAGGUCUACAAUCUCUGGUCCACAGCUCCUGUUUUUCAAGCACACUCCUGCAAAUGCGUCUCACGCCAUCCCGCCAAACCUUUGGUGACGGAUGGAGCUCCUACUAGUACUGUACAGUUAUAGCCAUGACCGGUCACCACACCCCAUUUGUAUUUAGUGCGGAUUCUCCCGGUAGAGCGGUGUUAGGGAAAAGCUCACACAUCCUCUCUUAUGGGUUUGUUUUUUUUACGAAUGGAUGUUGUCUUCCGGGCUCUUUUUUCGCAUAUUCAACAGAAACAUGUACAGUGUUUUAAAGAGGGCUGCUUUGGACGUACUGUUAGCUCACUUUCUUUGGGGUUUUCUUUUUGUUUACUUUGUUGUUUUACUUUUGUUAAUUUUUACUACUUUUUUUUUACUAUUUCUGCUUACAGCUUUUAGUGCAUCACUGGGUGCUGGUAGGAUGAUACUUAGAACUGAUAUGAUUUUUUUUAAUUGUAUUAAUCUUGCAUGUAGAGACAAUACAAAAGAACGCCUAUUUAGCAAUCAUUCAUGGACAUCCGAGCUGGUUGUUAUUGGACGGAAAAAUAGAAAUAUGUAGUAUUUUCUAUAUUCUCUGUUUUUUCAUGUGUACCAGCACUGAGAAACUAGAAUGUAUUAUUAUCGUAGGCUACAAUAAGCACUACAUUGUCGACUGUUUUAGCUAAUGCUCAUACUCAAGCAAACCAAGUAGUGCUUAAAAGGAAGAAAAUUUACAUUUCAUGUCAUUUUCAUCCACGGAACUCUGUGCUGUACAUCACAUGUUUACAUUCUGUAUUAUAUGUUGUUGAUCUGUUUUACUUUGUGCAUAUGUCUCCAAAAUGUCCGUCUUCAUGUCGAAGCAUUCAACAAUGUUCAUAUGUAAAUAUUUCAAAGCAAAAACAUUUUUUCUUUUAUUACUUUCACCGUUUCAGAACGAUAACCUGAUGUUUCUUUCUUUGGUCGUUUUAUUUUUAAUUUUUUUUUAUUCUUUUGUAUUAUUAGAUUUGUCAUUCUGUUCUCUCACUACAUCAGGUAAUAAGCUUCACUUAACUUGUUGUGAGCAAUUAACUCAUACUGUAUGGUGCUGUACCAAAGCCUUAUGUAUAAUAUUUGUAUUACUUUCCUCUCGUUUGCCACUGCUGUCCAGUGAAGUCUGUAUCGUCUCAGAUCAUGUCGUUCUCACUCCUCAUGUUCAACUGCCAUGGAUCUCGUUUCUUUAAAGAGUAAAAACAGAAACCUGAACGAACUCUGGUGUAACAAGACUCUGGCCCGUUUCCAACCGGCCUGGAUUAAAAGUGACAGUUGCCAUCUCAAGCCUUCAUAGGGAAAAUGCACAGGCUCAAUGCUGGUAGCUCAUCGUGAUGUAGACAUGGGCCUAGCACAUGAUCUACGCUCUAUCUAUGGCAUGUCUAUGAGAAUAUGAAAGCAGUGUUGUAUUCAUGUCACCAUAUCAUUUCAAAUGCUUAGUCCCAUACGAAAUUUUCCUCUCAAAUUUUUGUAUUUUGAUAUAAUA